UAUAUACGCAACUAACAUUGUGUCCAGCGAAGAAGCUAAGGGAGGUCUGAAAUCCAUGGCGUGUGGGUGGGAAGAUCAAAGGGAGAACUUCAACGUCGCCGGCCCUUUACAUCUCACUGCUGUUGAUUGGAGCAACUUCAGGCACCGGAGCUCCGUCGCUGCCAGCUUGGUGGAAGGUGCCUACAUCCUGGAAAUGGACCGGCAGAAACGCCGCCACGGUGGCCCUCGGGCCAAAGCUCCGUCGUGGGGGGAAUUCUUCGGGUUCAAGUUAAUCCAGGUUUUAGUAGAUCCCGAAGAUCAGUCCUUCUUUGGGGCUGUAUAUGAGCUAAAAUUUUCGUCCCAAACGGGGAAAUCCCCGAAACAAGUAAUUGCAUUUCGGGGAACACUGAUAAGACUCGAGAGCUGGUCACAGGAUAUUAGACUCGACCGCCAUAUCGUCCAAAACACCCUCCACAACAGCCACCGCGUCCAUGAAGGAUUUCAGGCCGUCAUGGACGCGGUUUCCAAGGUCGGGGCCAAGAAUGUCUGGUUGGCCGGACAUUCCUUAGGAUCCUCAAUAGCUUUGCUUGUCGGGAGAAACAUGGUACUGAAAACGGGUUGCCAUUUGGAAACCUAUCUGUUCAAUCCCCCGUUUGCGUCGCUGCCGAUACAGUUAAUCAAGAACUCGAAGCUCCGGGGAGGGGCUCAUUUUGUCCACACCGUCUUCAAGGCCGGCGUGGCCGUCGGGAUGGGUGCUGCCGUGAAGAACAAGAAAAUUGCAGAAGACGAUGAAGAGUUCAGUCUACUGUCCCCAUGGGUUCCAUACUUGUUCAUCAACCCGUCGGAUCCCAUUUGCUUUGGAUACCUGGAAUACUUCCGACACAGGGAGAGGAUGGCGGCGGCCGGGGCCGGAGAAAUUGCGCGGUUUGCGGCGCGGAAUUCAAUAAAGAGCAUGGUUUCGAAUGCGAUGGGGAAGGAUUCUAAGCCGUCACACCUCAUUCCUUCUGCUUAUGUGACCAUGAAUUUGAAGCGUUCGCCGGAUUUAGUGACGGCGCACAAGAUCAGCCAGUGGUGGCGCCCGGAUUCGAAGCUUGAUUACAAGCUAUAUCAGUUAGAUAACGUGUGAUAGAUUCACUUGGCGUUUGAACUGAUGACCAAUGAAUCUUAUGCAUGCAUUAUUAAUAAUAAUAGUAAGUCCAAAUAACCAUAAUCAUCACAGUAACAUGCAUGUACGCAUCACGUACUCUCAUCAUGGAAUAUAGUAUAGGCCAGGUGGUAUAAGUAUUUGUUGGAAUAACCUUAGCCAACACAUACUUAAAAUAUUGAUUAUGUACUUUACACAAUUAUGUAUGUGUCUUGUGUUUUGCUUUUUUAUGUCUCAUGUUAUGCAAUUACGUAUCUUAAGCAUAUGUAUUUUGUACCUGAAAUC